AUGAGUGGUGCUGGAUCUGAGCGUCUGCUAUUCAGCCCAAGGUAUCUUGAACCACAUUGGUACCAACUUGCAGGUAUUCGUACAACCUGCAUCACAAGCUCCAGGUUCAAAAAAGGAAGCCCAGACAUCAGCGCUGGCAUUGCCUUCAAAAACAACAACGUCAAAAGCGGCAGGAUAAACCAAGCUCUUACCACUAGAGACUCGGAACUACCUGAAUCCGUAGGAGAAGGGGGAACUAUGCUUGUUGGCAUUGAUGUGACACAUCAGGCUCCUGGCAGUAUGGACGGCGUCCCAAGUAUCGCUAGUGUUGUGGCAAGUAUCGAUUGGAAGUCUUGUCGAUUACCUGGGAGUCUGUGCUGUCAAGAAAACAAAGAGGAGAUUGUCAAAGAUCAUCGUGAGAUGAUGAAAGAGCGCUUGAACGUCUGUAUGAGCAAGAACGCAAAUGGGUGA